AGAGGUCUCUGCUGUGUCGGUGCUAUGGCGCGCUGGCUGCUGCCAGCACUGCUGGGCUCGGUGUUGGGGUUGGAGCCUUUUCCCACACCACCGGAGCAGACUGCUGAGCAGAUCAGCAACUUCCAGCGCAUCCGUGCCAGGGCCAGGGAUGCCAGCUUGGCAGCUACACCUCAGGUCUUGGCAUACUUCGAUUCGCAGCCCUUUCGCGGCAUGCUGAAAGACUGCUGCCCAAAAAUAGCAGACCUGCCAGCCGAGGAGCUGCUGAGACGCUACCGGGCAGAAGCGCAAGUGGCUGAGCUGGCCCAUGCGCUUCCCGCCCAGAUGAAGGACAUUUUUUCAGACGUCACGGUGAAGGAGGUUGGGGGUAUGUCUUGGUUCCCCAACGAGUUCCAGGUGGCGUUGAUUCACCACAGGAACUUGUCCAUUGGGGCUUCGCCAGUCAAUGAUGCCGCGCAGAAGGACAUCUUUGGCUGCAAGCCCUUCGCUGAGCGUGAGCCCACGUGGUCCGAAGUUGCUAACCGUUUGAUCUACAUUGCGCACAACAUGAGGCGCCUGGAUUCGGGUUCUGAGCCAUUCUUUGGGGACUUUACAGUGGUCUUUAACAGCACUCAUGUGAAGGACAGCGUGGUCAUUGCCCCGUAUGACACUGGCUUGUAUGAAAUGGUGUGUUUUAACCCCCACAUGAAAUUGCCUGGACAGUUGAAUCGAUCCAUGCUGCCGCCUCUCAACUGCAGCGCCUGGCCCAAAUCACUACCCGUGGGUACGCUGGAUUAUCUUGACCACUUAAUUCUGCCGAACCUUGCCGCUGCGGCGAACAGCACGAAGACAAACCGCACAAUGCUGGACUCUGCACGGGAUUUGUAUGUUCGCAGCAGCAUGUCCGAGAUCGACUACCAGGAUGUGCCAGCUUUGGGAAUGCAGAACUUGGGCGACUACCUGGAGUCGGAUAUUUUGGCAAAUCCUCGGCUGCCUGAGGCCGUGAAGUUUGGCAUUGGCAGCUUUCCCACACUCUUUGGCACUCAAGAUGGACGUGAUAUGCAGGCCAUCGCCAAGAGAUUGCACUGGCCACUGUUUUGGUCCUUUGGCACCGGAGAUCCCACCGCGCAGGAUCCCCACAUGACCUUGGACUUGAAGCUCCCUGGCAACCUGCGCAUCGCGGAUCCGGAGAACAUUCUGAUGACCACCAAUGGCACGGUAAGCGGUUCGGCUUCCGAGACUUUUGAGAAGGUUUGGCAAGAAGCUGUAGAAGUGCGAGCUAAGCGCAAUGCAACAAAGCAAGACGUUCACAAGUGGUGGCACGCUUUGGAUGAUCAACUGCGAGCUGCACCCAUCACCUGGAGAUCCUGUGCCAGCGUGCACGACUGCGUGGGAGUGGACUUCGCGGGUGACUGCAUUUGUGUCUCGAAGCGUGAGGAGCGUAUCGCCUUUACCGUUUAGAUCCAGGCGCAGCACAGAAGCACGCCCUGGUGGCUACGGAAAUGACGUGUGCAUGGGCUCUUGGCCCGGCACACCAUGGCACCUUUUGAAAUCUGCUGGAGGGCUGAUUUCUGUCCCCUGGUGUGACCCCUCAC